GUGAGUUUCCGCUUUGGUGCGUGUUGCCUUUUCCCUCGGAGCGGUCGGUUUGUAGUUUGAUUUUUUCGUGUGUUAAUCUCACGCUACAAAUUACCACAGCUGACUAAGAAUCACUUAUAGCAUUUCACUGAAGGAGGAGAUACAACCGGGUCGCCAACAUGCCGCGAAUUAUGAUAAAAGGAGGCGUCUGGCGCAACACUGAGGAUGAGAUCCUCAAGGCAGCUGUAAUGAAAUAUGGGAAAAACCAAUGGUCCCGUAUCGCCUCCCUGCUGCACCGCAAGUCUGCCAAACAGUGUAAAGCCAGAUGGUACGAGUGGUUGGACCCCAGUAUCAAGAAAACAGAAUGGUCCAGAGAAGAGGAGGAGAAGCUGCUUCACUUGGCCAAGUUGAUGCCCACUCAGUGGAGGACCAUCGCUCCUAUCAUAGGAAGGACGGCUGCUCAGUGUCUGGAACACUAUGAAUACCUGCUGGACAAAGCAGCUCAAAGAGACAAUGAGGAGGAAGUGGGAGAUGACCCCAGGAAGUUGAAACCAGGAGAAAUUGACCCUAAUCCUGAAACGAAACCCGCCAGACCUGACCCUGUGGACAUGGACGAAGAUGAGCUGGAGAUGCUCUCAGAGGCCAGGGCUCGUCUGGCCAACACCCAGGGCAAGAAAGCCAAGAGGAAGGCCAGAGAGAAGCAGCUGGAGGAAGCCAGACGUUUGGCAGCUCUGCAGAAACGCAGAGAGCUGAGAGCUGCAGGAAUCGAUGUUCAGAAGAAGAGAAAGAAGAAGAGAGGAGUGGACUACAACGCUGAAAUCCCCUUUGAAAAGAAACCCGCACCGGGUUUCUAUGACACCAGCAUGGAGCAGUAUGAUGCCCUGGAGCCUAAUUUUAAGCGGCUCAGGCAGCAGCACUUGGAUGGAGAAUUACGCAAUGAACGUGAGGAGAGGGACAGGAAGAAAGAUAAACAGAAGAUAAAGAAGAAGAAGGAGAGUGACUUGCCAUCUGCCAUCCUGCAGACCAGCGGAGUGGCUGAGUUUACCAAAAAGCGCUCCAAACUAGUGUUACCUGCACCUCAGAUCAGUGAUGCUGAGUUGGAGGAAGUCGUUAAAUUGGGUGUUGCCAGUGAGGUCGCCCGUCAAGCUGCUGAGGAGAGUGAAAGUGGAAACUCUGCCUCCUCCACCCUCCUGUCCGAAUACAGCGUCACCAACACCAUGGCAACAGGGCUCCGGACCCCACGAACCCCUGCUGCUCAGGACAGGAUAAUGCAGGAAGCCCAGAAUCUGAUGGCUCUGACUAACAUUGACACCCCCCUGAAGGGAGGCCUCAACACCCCGCUGCAUGAGAGUGACUUCAGUGGAGUGACACCUCAGCGCCAGCAGAUACAAACACCCAACACUGUUCUCAGUACACCAUUCAGAACUCCUGGCCCAGGUCAGGGGUCAGAGGGCAUGACGCCUCAAGCUGGAGGCGCGAUAACCCCACGCGUGGGAGGGACUCCAGGUUUAACCCCCGGCCGCACACCACUGAGAGACAAACUGAAUAUUAACACAGAGGAGCAACUGGCUGAUCCUGCAUAUGCUAAACACAUGCAAAAGGAGAGCUUGCAGCACCUGAGACAAGGUCUGAUGUCACUUCCUGUCCCUAAGAACGACUUUGAGAUUGUUCUUCCCGAAAAUGCAGAGAAAGAACUGGAAGAAACUGAGAUAGAAACGGGAUUCAUAGAAGACUCAGCAGAUAUAGAAGCACGCAAGCAGGCUCAACGAGAGGCUGAAAGAGAGAAGGAGUUGAAACUGCGACACACUCCUGUUCAGAGGAAUCUCCCCAGACCUUCUGAGGUAAAUGAGUCCGUCCUCCGUCCUGCCUCCAUGGAGCCGCUCUCUGACCUCCAGCAGGCCGAAGAGCUCAUCAAACAGGAAAUGAUCACCAUGCUGCACUACGACUGUCUGCACCACCCUUCAGCCAAUGCAGCCAGUCAGCUGCAGCGUGGCAAAACCAGAGGCCCCACAUCUACAUCCAACAACGCAUCACAUAUCGCUUACCUGGAAACACACGCCUACAAACCAGUCAGCACAGAGGACAUGGAGCAGGCAAAGGCAAUCCUGGCAGCAGAGAUGGAGGUGGUGAAGGCAGGUAUGGGCCACGGUGACCUCAGCAUGGAGGCUUACACCCAGGUGUGGGAAGAAUGCUACGGACAGGUGCUAUAUCUACCUGGCCAGAACAGAUACACCAGAGCAAACCUGGCAUCAAAGAAAGACCGCAUUGAAAGCCUGGAGAAAAAGCUAGAGGUGAACCGUGGCCACAUGACAGCGGAGGCCAGGAGAGCAGCUAAACUAGAGAAGAAACUGAAAAUCCUGCUUGGAGGAUUUCAGUCCAGAGCGUUGGGGCUCCUGAAGCAGCACGCUGAACUCUGGGAACAGGUGGAGCAGGCAGCCACAGAGCUCCAGACCUUCACUCAACUGAAGAAACAAGAAGAUCUGGCCAUCCCGAGGCGACAAGAGGCUCUGCGGGAGGACGUGGAGAGGCAGAUGGAGAGAGAGAAAGAACUGCAGCAGAGAUAUGCAGAGCUGCUCAUGGAGAGGGAGUCGCUGCUCAACAGUGCUCAGAAAUACUGAGCAGCCACACGCAUACUCAUCAGAGACAUCAAUAUCAGGCUGACCGCUGCCCUGAGUGUUAAACCUUUAAUUUUCUGCAGCAAAUCCUACCAAUAUGCCCCACCUCCAUGUGCUCAUGUUGCUAAGUUGUCACAAGGCUGAGUUUUGAGCAUGCUCAGUGGACCCUUGUUUUUCUGUUUUAGUGACCAAUAAAGUUUCUUUUCAACGUGGUUUAGUA